AUGUCCAACAAUAUUACAAAUUUAAAAAACAUUAAACUUUAUUCAACCAAUUCACCAAAUGUAGCCAAAGUUUAUAUUUUCUUGUCACAUUUACAACUACCAUUUGAAGUCAUUCCAAUUAGUUUUAGAAAGGGUGAACAGUAUUCAGAUGAAUUUAUUGCCAUCAAUCCAAACAGUAAGAUUCCAGUCAUCAUUGACACUAAUCGAAUUGGAGAGGAUGGAAAACCAGUAAAGGUAUGGGAGUCUGGAAAUAUUCUCAUCUAUCUCGCCAAGAAUUAUGGAAAGGGAUUAUACCUACCAAAUGAAGAGACCAACCCAACCAGCCAUUACGAAGUGUUGAACUUUUUAUUCCUCCAAAUGGCAAGCGUCGGUCCUACCCUAGGACAGCUUUACCAUUACACCUUUUAUGCUCAAGAAAAGGUGGAAUAUGCUAUCAACCGUCAUGCAACUGAAGCCCGUCGUCUACUUAGUGUCCUUAAUCGUCAAUUGUCCACCCGUAGCUUUGUUGCAGGUGAUGAAUUAUCUGUAGCCGAUUUUGCCAUCUUCCCAUGGACUCGUCUCAUUCAAUACUUUGCUCCUCACAUUGUUGCCUCUGACUAUCCCUUUUUGGUUGAAUACAAUCAACGUCUCGAACAAUUCGAAUCAACCAAGGCAUUCAAACUAUACGAUGAAAGUUUCAAAGGAUCAAACCAAAAACCAUUAAAUGAUGAUGAAAGAAAGGUUCUCUUUGGUCGUGAUCAUUAA